AUGGCUGGGAAAAGAUCAGAGAGUUGCGUGUAUUGCGGCUGUAACGGAACUUGCUUUCUGCGCACGAUCAUCCCCGCUCCCAGACUCGGUAUCAGCUUUCUUGAUUCUACCAACUCGUCUCGGCCGAGGGGCUCUGUGCACUGUUACGCAUGCGUAAGGCGGCUGUCUUUCCGCGGCGGUGGAGGAGGGAGAUUGGUUGUGGCAAAGAAGGGGGACUCUUCUUACUUGGGUCACCAAAACAAGGCUGUCGGGCUGGUCUGCCCGCCAAUGGGUUUCGACGUUGAGGACAUGGCGCAUGUGUAUGUGGUGGCUGCUAGUAUUCUUCGCUCUCUUGACAGCCGGGCCUUGAUGCAUCUGAUGGGCGCUGUUGGGGGAAGGGAGGUCUACGGUCAGUUUCGACUGGUGCUCUCAAGUCGGCACACCGACGGUCAGAUCUGUACGCACUGCCCUGUCCGUCUCCAGUGUGGUGCCGAUACGUACGCGGACGCCACGGAAGAACGCUACGGAAGAGUUAGGCUCUUCGGGAACAAAAACAAAGGCCCGCUGCAUAGCCCAGAGCUCGUAUACCGAAGAUGGGAAACAUGA